UUUUCUUGCCUUCCAGAGCUUCCCCCACCCCCAGAGGGUGCUAGGGCUGCCCAGAUGCUGGUACCACUGCUGCUGCAGUACCUGGAGACCUUGUCAGGACUGGUGGACAGUAACCUCAACUGUGGGCCUGUACUCACCUGGAUGGAGCUGGACAAUCAUGGCCGGCGACUGCUCCUCAGUGAGGAGGCCUCACUUAACAUCCCUGCGGUGGCCGCUGCUCAUGUGGUGAAACGGUACACAGCCCAGGCACCAGAUGAGCUAUCAUUCGAGGUGGGAGACAUCGUCUCAGUGAUUGACAUGCCACCCACGGAGGAUCGCAGCUGGUGGCGGGGCAAACGUGGCUUCCAGGUCGGUUUCUUCCCCAGUGAGUGUGUGGAACUCUUCACUGAGCGGCCAGGUCCAGGCCUAAAGGCUGAUUCUGAUGGUCCUUCAUGUGGCAUCCCGGCUCCCCAGGGUAUCUCAUCUCUGACCUCAGCUGUGCCUCGGCCACGUGGGAAACUGGCUGGCCUCCUCCGCACUUUCAUGCGCUCCCGCCCUUCUCGGCAGCGCCUUCGGCAGCGGGGAAUCCUACGGCAGAGGGUGUUUGGCUGCGACCUUGGAGAGCACCUCAGCAACUCAGGCCAGGACGUGCCCCAGGUGCUGCGCUGCUGCUCCGAGUUUAUCGAGGCCCACGGGGUGGUGGAUGGAAUCUACCGGCUCUCAGGCGUGUCUUCCAACAUCCAGAGGCUGCGGCAUGAGUUUGACAGUGAGAGGAUCCCUGAACUGUCUGGCCCUGCCUUCCUGCAGGACAUCCAUAGUGUGUCCUCCCUCUGCAAGCUCUACUUCCGAGAGCUGCCAAACCCCUUGCUCACCUACCAGCUCUAUGGGAAGUUCAGUGAGGCCAUGUCAGUGCCUGGGGAAGAGGAACGUCUGGUACGGGUCCACGAUGUCAUCCAACAGCUGCCGCCACCACAUUAUAGGACCCUGGAAUACCUGCUCAGGCACCUGGCUCGCAUGGCAAGACACAGUGCCAACACCAGCAUGCAUGCCCGCAACCUGGCCAUCGUCUGGGCACCCAAUCUACUACGGUCCAUGGAGCUGGAGUCAGUGGGGCUGGGUGGGGCGGCAGCCUUCCGGGAAGUUCGGGUGCAGUCAGUGGUGGUAGAAUUUCUCCUCACCCACGUGGAUGUCCUGUUCAGUGAUACCUUCACCUCUGCUGGUCUUGACCCUGCAGGCCGCUGCCUCCUCCCCAGGCCCAAGUCGCUUGCAGGCAGCAGUCCCUCCACUCGCCUGCUAACGCUGGAAGAAGCCCAGGCUCGCACUCAAGGCCGGCUGGGGACACCCACUGAGCCUACAACUCCCAAGGCCCCAGCCUCACCUGUGCAAAGGAGAAAAGGGGAGAGAGGGGAGAAACAGAGGAAGCCAGGGGGUAGCAGCUGGAGGACAUUCUUUGCACUGGGUCGGGGCCCCAGUGUCCCCCGAAAGAAGCCCCUGCCCUGGCUGGGGAGCACCCGUGCCCCACCACAACCUUCAGGCAACCGAUCUGAUACGGUCACCCUGAGAUCUGCCAAGAGCGAGGAGUCUCUGUCAUCGCAGGCCAGCGGGGCUGGCCUCCAGAGGCUGCACAGGCUACGGCGGCCGCACUCCAGCAGUGAUGCUUUUCCUGUGGGCCCAGCACCUGCUGGCUCCUGUGAGAGCCUGUCCUCAUCAUCCUCCUCUUCAUCCUCCUCCUCGACCUCCUCCUCAUCCUCUGAGUCCUCAGCAGCUGGGCUGGGGGCACUCUCUGGGUCCCCCUCACACCGAACAUCAGCCUGGCUAGAUGAUGGUGACGAGCUGGACUUCAGCCCACCCCGCUGCCUGGAGGGACUCCGGGGACUUGACUUUGAUCCCCUUACCUUCCGCUGCAGCAGCCCCACCCCAGGGGACCCUGCACCUCCUGCCAGCCCAGCACCCCCAGCCCCUGCAUCUGCCUUCCCACCCAGGGCAACCCCACAGGCUCCCUCACCUCGUGAACCCACCAGCCCUGCUUCACCCACUGCCCUGGACAUCUCAGAGCCUCUUUCUGUGUCAGUGCCACCUGCUGUACUAGAACUGCUGGGGGCUGGGGGAGCACCUGCCUCAGUCUCCCCGACACCAGCGGUCAGCCCUGGCCCAGGCCUGCGUCCCCAUCUCAUCCCACUGCUGCUGCAUGGAGCCGAGGCCCAGCUAAGCGACCACUGCCAACAAGAGAUCUGCAGCAAGCUAGCACUGCCUGCUCCCCGGGGAGCCCAGAGCCAGUAUGGUCCUGGUAUGGAUUCACCGUUGCUGCCCCCACCCCUGACCCUCCUGCGCCCUGGUGGUGCACCACCUCCACCCCCCAAGAACCCAGCACGCCUCAUGGCCCUGGCCCUGGCUGAGCGGGCUCAGCAGGUAGCAGAGCGACAGAGCCAACAGGAGCAUGGGGGCACCCCACCUGCUCCCCACUCCCCUUUCCACCGCUCACUGUCACUGGAGGUGGGCGAGGAGCCCCUGGGGACCUCAGGGAGUGGGCCACCCCCUCACUCUGUAGCCCAGCAGGAUGCCUGGGCCCCAGGACUCCAAUCCUACUUACCAAGGCAGCAAAGUGAUGGGAGCCUGGUAAGGGGCCAGCGACCCAUAGGGACCUCAAGGAGGGGACUCAGAGGCCCCACCCCAGUUCCUACCCCUGGCUUCUUCUCCCCAGCUCCCAGGGAGCGCCUGCCACCCUUCCUUGGGGUCCCCAAACCAGGCUUAUACCCCGUAAGCCCCAUGUCCUUCCAGUCUAGCUCCCUAGCCCCAGUAUGGAGAAGCUCCCUGGGCCCUCCCACACCACUCGACAGGGGAGAGAACCUGUACUAUGAGAUAGGGGCAAGUGAAGGGUCCCCCUAUUCUGGCCACACUCGGUCCUGGAGUCCCUUUCGCUCUAUGCCCCCUGAUAGGCUCAAUGCCUCAUAUGGCAUGGUUGGCCAGUCGCCACCUCUCCACCGGUCCCCCAACUUCCUGCUCAGCUACCCAACGCCCCCCUCCUGCUUUCCCCCUGACCACCUUGGCUACUCGGCGCCCCAGCACCCUGCCCGGCGUCCCACCCAGCCUGAGCCCCUCUAUGUUAACCUAUCUCUAGGGCCCAGGGGUUCCUCACCUGCCUCUUCCUGCUCCUCUUCUCCUCCUGCCCACCCCCGAAGCCGUUCAGAUCCUGGCCCUCCAGCCCCCCGCCUCCCUCAGAAACAGCGGGCACCCUGGGGCCCCUUUACCCCUCAUGGUGUACCUGGACCCUGGGGGCCUCCCGAGUCACUCCAAGUCUAUAGGGCAGCCCCACCAGCCUAUGGGAGGGGGGGCGAGCUCCACCGAGGGUCCUUGUACAGAAAUGGAGGGCAAAGAGGGGAGGGGGCUGGUCCCCCACCCCCUUACCCCACUCCCAGCUGGUCCCUCCAUUCUGAGGGACAGACCCGAAGCUACUGCUGAGCUAGAGCUGGGAAGCCCCUUCCUCCGUUCCCUUCACCCUCGCUGGAUCUUGGCCCAACCUAGUCCCUUUUUUGUACUUUGAGCUCCUGACCCUACCCCAGGUUUCUAACUUUGUACUUGUUUCUGAUGUGGAUCCCUAACCAAUAAUCAUAGCUUUCCUACCCUGGGCAGAGGGGUACACCCUCCCCCCGCCACCAUCCUCCAUCCUGGGGGCCCUCACACAAAUCUGAGGGAGGGCUAGGCUGACACCUUGUCCUCCCUUUCCCUCCAGGAGCCCCCAGCAUGUCCUGAUCUGUGCACAGGGGGCACGGGGACAGCUCCAGCCCUUCUUUCCCUACACACCCCACUAAACCAUCUGACAAAAUUAAUGAAUAAAAAUGGUGAAAAUGUGACUGCUGGGGUCACGCU